AUGAAAUUGGCAAAACAGCUUAGGCUCCUUCUUCUUGGAGCCCCCGGAUCAGGCAAAGGCACGCAAACGUCCAGACUCGUGAAGGCGUUUCCCACCCUCAACUCGCUUUCUUCAGGAGAUAUCCUUCGAGCCGAGGUUGCUCGAGGAACGCCGUUGGGCUUGCAAGCUUCCAAGCUAAUUGAAGAAGGAAAACUUGUUCCCGACGAAACGAUGGUCGGGGUCAUCAAAAACCAUUUGUUAGAGAAUGACUGGCUCAAUGGCGACUCGCUGUGGCUUCUAGAUGGGUUCCCCAGAACAGGAGCCCAGGCUAAAGAUUUGGAUAAAGUUUUGCAUGAGAACAGGGCCGACAUCAAUCUUGUGGUAGAGUUGGACGUGGACCAGAAGAAGAUUCUCGAGAGGGUGGAGGCUAGGUGGAUCCACCCGGCGCUGGGAAGAGUGUACAAUUUGGACUACAAUCCGCCCAAGGAACCGUACAGGGACGACGAGACGGGCGAGAAGUUAGAGAAGCGCAAAGACGACACGGCAGAGGUGUUUGGGAAGCGCUUGGAUAAGUACAACGAGGAGAUUCUGUCGCUUCGGGAGUAUUACAGCAAAAAGGGCAUUUUGCACCCGGUGGCAGGGGAAACGUCGGAUAUCAUUUUCCCCAAGAUCAAGAAGUUGAUCGAGGAGAAGUUUGGCACUGCCUCGGAGGGCUCCAGCUAG